AUGGAUAAAACUCAGACAACUUUAGAUAAAAUUUGGAAUAAAAGUCAAGGUGCAACUUCAACACGACAUAUUUCUAGUCUAGUUGAUCAUGAAAUUGAAAUGAUUUUAACAGUAUCAUCUUCUUCAUCAACAGCUUCGUCGUCAGCAACAAAUCUACUUUCAUCAUGUACCAAUUCACCUUCAUCAUCAACAACAAUUCCAUCUUCAUCAUCAUCAUCAAUAAUUUCAUUACCAUCAUCACCUAUCUUAACAGCAGAAACAGAAAAUGCUCUUACCGAAAAUAUUAAUAAAAAUUCAAGUAAUAAGCCAAUACGUCUUUUAUCUAAUAAUUGCACUUUAUUAACAGGUAAUAAAGAUGUUGAGAAAAAAGAUUCGAAAUCAAUCCGAACAAAGCAUCGUGUACAGUAUUUACCGAAUUGGGAAAAAUAUCCAGAAUCUAAAUAUAAAACAUUUUUUUGA